CGCAGGUGCAUCACAAACCCUUCAGAUCCUCUAACACACACACACAGGCGACUGGAUUAUUACUUAACCAACACUUACUGGGAUUUUAUCUGGAAACCAAACUUUCGUCUGGCUAACACAACAGAAUUCACAAUGGCGUCAAGCGAACUCAGUCUAAUCCUCAACAACGCGAAUGCCAACUUGUACCCGGAGCCGCAACACCCGUUGAUGUGCAUGACCAGAACACCACAUCUCUCAGAGAUCAACUUCCACAACAGCAACACUUGCUGCCCCUGGGACCAGGUCAACCCGCAAAUGUGGACAAGGCAGAACGUUCUGGAGUGGAUCGGCUUUCAGGUGGAGGAGAGCCGGUUUGAUGCAAGUCGGCUGAAUAUGAGCUACUGCGACAUGGAUGGGCUCACGUUGUGCGCCAUGCCUAAAGAAACAUUGAUGAGCAUGUUUGGACAGAGCUUUGGUGAACGGCUCCACCAGAAUCUAGAGAACCUGAAAGCCAGACAUGCUAAUGACUUGUCUGACAACACCGUUCUAAGUGAAUCUGAAUUAGAUAUACUGGAAAACAUCCUUCAUGACCAGUUUCCCUUCAUGCACGGACCAAACCUCGGACCUCUGCUGGAAACCGUGGUGGUUCAAACCUCAAUCCCAACUGACAAUUCAGAGACAAAAUACAGUUACUUCGAUGAGUACACCAACCAGCUGACUCCAGAGAGCGAUCACGGAUAUGACUCCCUAACCGAGAGUUUCCAGAGUUCCCACGCAGGCAGCUUCCUGAACCCGAGCUCACCCGAGUCCAGCAGCGAUUCAGACCCUGAAUACUCAGAGAUGCCGUUCUCCGUUAGCUCAAAGGUCACUAUAAAACAAGAGCCUGGAAAGAGCCAGAAGAGAGGUCGAGGACGCCCUCCAAAGCCCAGGAAUAAUGAGGGAUACGAACACUUCAUUCAGUCCAAAAAGAGCAAACAUUCUCCAAGAGGAACCCACCUUUGGGAGUUUAUCCGAGAUAUCCUGAUUCAUCCGGAGCAGAAUCAGGGUCUGAUGAAGUGGGAGGACCGACGGGAUGGCGUAUUCAAGUUCCUCAAGUCCGAAGCCGUUGCUCAACUUUGGGGGCAGAAGAAGAAGAACAGCAGCAUGACGUACGAGAAGCUCAGUAGAGCCAUGAGGUAUUACUACAAGCGAGAGAUUCUGGAGAGGGUUGACGGACGUAGGCUCGUCUAUAAGUUCGGGAAGAACUCCACCGGUUGGAGAGUGGAGGAGACCGGAUACUAAAGAGAGAGUCGCUUCUGGUCAAAUGUAGAGGUUUUGGUCUCAGGCUUAAUGGGCUUUGAAGAUUGAAGGUCCUCGCUUUAGAAACACACUCUUCCCAGAGGGAAAAGGUUUCACAGAAACUGUAAGCCAGUGUUUUGGCUAAAGUAGGUUUUAUGAACCGGUAAAAUUGUAUAGUGGGGCUUGUCUGGUUGGAUUGGCACGCGGGCGUGGCCUGGAUCAGACGGUAUCGCUACACCACUUAAAGACUCUGUAAACACACGUUCUACACAAUGGUUGAACUGUGAGAGAAGGUAAAGCUUUGUAAAGCCUCUUUGGUGUUGGGAAAUGAAGUUUCAUGUGUAACUAUUUGUCAGAGUAGACUGACCGAAGAACAUGACGGUGGUUUGAAGUUUUGUAACGUUCAUAUUUGUUGUAUAUACACACAGUACUAUAUAUAUUCUUCGUAAUACUUGUCAAUCUAGUACAAAUCAGAUAUAUCACUGAAGAUUCUGCUCAAUUUUGUUAUGUGAUUUGUUAAGUCACUGGAUUAUGUGUAUGAGGAUUCCCUCGCAGAUUGUAUACUAUAACAAUUUUGUAUGGCAUAUAUUUGCUGUUUCUUUUGUAUGAGCUUUUUCUAAAAUAAAAUUUCUUAUGAAAACUA